AAUAACUCACAGUGCUAAUUCCAACCUGCCAUCUUCGCUGAAAAUUAACGCAGUUUAUGCGGGCACGAAGGGUGUGGCGGCGAAGCAAUGCCACUGCAAUGUCAUACACACGCAUAUUAAAAUUUAGUGCUGAAAAUCGCACAAUACUCUGUCAAAAUUAGGCAUAAACAACAAAUUGCAACGCAAUCUCCAGGCAACUGCCACUGUCACGCAAAAAUCCAAAUCCAUUUAAUUCUCCAGUCGUAAACGCGGAUUCCAAUUUCAACAAUUUAACGCAACACCAACACAAGCUUACGUAAUUAGCUUUCACCAGCGCAAACACCGCAAUUACAUUACAUUGCAUGCAAGACUUGCCACAGCUCAUCCCUUCCCCAGCUCUGAACCUACAACUGCGCAACAAUAACCCGCUCAGAAGAGUUCCGAAUGUCGUGCAACUCGCGUGUGCAACGCAACAUAUUUCGUGCAAUAGACCAGGAUGUCCGAACACAGUGAAGAAAAAUUCAUGUGGGGUCACGAGGCUACGUGUGAAUUAAUACAGCUGUAUAAAAGGCAUCCGGUUCUGUAUGCGAGCUUUAACAGCGACUACAAGAAUAAAGGCAAGAGGCUGGACGCACUGAACGCAAUUCGAAGCGAGUUGGUGAGAAGAGGGAGGAACAUCAGCAUUGAAGAUAUCAAGCGGAAGAUUCAUGGGUUGAGGACACAGUACGCCAAUCAACUGUCUAAAAUGAAGAAAAACGUUGAAGUUAAACCUACGUUGUGGUGCUUCAACCAGCUGGAUUUUCUGAGAAAUAGCUACGAAGGCCAGCAUGAACCGGAUAAUGAUAACAUACACGAAUCCAAAGAUCUGGGGCAUUAUAACGUGUAUGAACACGAUGAUUCUCAAGAAGUGGCGAGUUUCUAUGAUGAUAUCAACGUCAAACAGGAAGUUACUCCCACGAAUGGUAUGGUUGAGACGUCGGUUUUCGUGCCGGUUUCGGAUAUCAAGAAAAGGGAGAGAACCGAAGAUGAUUUAAGCACUUUUGGCAAACUUGUGGAGCUCGAGCUUCGGAAAAUUACGAAUCCCCAGUUAUUAAGGAAAGCGAAGAAAGAAAUUAUCAGUGUUUUGAUGGACGCUCAAGACGAUUCAGAUAUUUGAGCCGUUUUUGUAAAUAAUGACAUAAAUAAAUAAU